AUGGCGGAACCCAAUGGUGGAGGCGGCAAUGGCGGUGACAGAGGUGGUGAGGACGAGGUUCGGCCAAGAGGCGAGCCCGAGAGCCCUCAAAUCGACGAUCAAACACUAGGCGAAGCCCCGUCGGCGAUCGGUGCAGAGGUUUCUAGGGGUUUGAGCGGUGGCGAUGGCCAUGCAGCAGGGGUUGGCGGCGGCGAUGGGUGGCGUACGCCAGGAGCAGAGGGGCGUACGCCAGGUGUUCCUGGGUCAGUGGGCCCACGGGUUGAGCGAUUGGACCCACGGAGUGGCGUAGAGGGUGUUGUGAUCACUGGCCUCGGCUCGGUGGGGGCCAGCAGUACCGGUGGUGGCGGUAGUGGUGAAGUUGGUGAUGAUGGUGGAGAUGGUGGUCGACCGGGGACUCCACCGAGGGAUCCGGCGAGGGGUAAGGCUCCUGCAGUUGAGGAGGGUGCAUCCGGUGAGGUACCCAUGGAAGAAGUGGCGUUCCGGCCAGCAGUGGGCUCUUCGGCUCAUGUCCCCAUCACUCGGGGCGAUUUUGCGGAGUUCGUGUCCGAGGAGGAACUCGGCCGGCUGCUCCGGGAGAACCCGGGGGUGGUGGCUGCUGUGUCGGCUACGCGGGAGGAAAGGGCCCGGCAGAGUUACUCUUUGAUAUUCUGA